GGAUGUUUGUAAAUUAUGAAGCUUUGAGGUUAUGAAUUACACUAAUUUCAAUACAAAAUUCACCCUUUAAUAUAAAUGAUAAAUAAUAUAAAAAAAGUACAAUAAAUGUUUGUAUGUAAGCUUUAAACUCACUUAUAGAAAAUAAACAAUUCCAUCAUCAUUGCGUAAACCCGUUAAACGCCAUGCAUCAUGGGGAUACGUGUUUUCUGAGGAUAAGUCUAUUGUGAAAACGGAACUUUGGACCGUGUCGUGAGUACAAGUACAGUUGAAUCAUAAUUCAGAGUGUUGAUAGAGAAGUACAUCGACCAUAUUCCAUUAUCGUAAAAACCGGUAAAGUGCCAUUCUAUAAAUAUAUAUACAUAUAUAUAUAUAUCGUCUACUAUUUCUGUUUUCUGUAUUCACUCAGUGAAGUAGGUUCAUUUUUAAACCGUUUUAUUUAGUUUCGUGUUUGUUUUUCAUUUAAAAAGUGUUUAUCGAAGGAUUGUGAAGCCGAUUUAAAAUCAAAAUGUCUGCUAACGAUAUUUCUCCUGGCAAUGCACAGCUAGCGUUAAAUCCAACUUGUAUGGAAUCUGUGAAUAGAGUUACCAAAUUACCUGUUGUAGAUACAACUUUUAAGACUGCUAGUAGAAUCUACGAGAAAGUCAAGGAUUACAACGGACUCACACAUUGGACCCUUUCAACUGCUGAACAUACUCUUUGUACAGCAGUCGAUCUGGGAAAACCCGCUGCGACUACAGUCAUAAAAAAUUUCGAAGGUUCCAUUAAAAAAGUAGACGGUGCUCUAUGCGGCGGUUUGGACUACAUCGAAUCCAAAGUACCAGCAGUUAAAUUACCUCCAGGAGAAAUCGUUUUACAGGUUUACAACAACACCAAGGAGUACGUGAAUAGUACGGUGUCGCCAGCCGUCGAAACCGCCAUGUCUUUCGCCGAACCCGCUUUUAAAACUGCGAUGCACAUCGUCGAACCGGCUCUUGGUUUAGCCAAAGCGGCUGUCGAGCCCGCCGUUGAGAAAGCAAAGACUAUGAUGGAACCUUAUCUUCAACCGGCUUUAGAUAAAGCUCAAGCCAUCAAAGAUGAUGUUAUGCACAAAGUCGAGGAGUACAUACAUUUGCCACACCAAGAAGGUGAAGUUGUCGAAUGUUACGAGUGCCAACAAAUCAAAAGAAGAUUGGAAGAGGCUAAUCGAAACGCUGCACAGGACCAAACCCAGGAUGAACAAUAUCAAUAAUCUACUUUUUUUGUAAUUUUAAAUGGUUUUUGUUUUUAUAAUGAUUUUUAUGUAAGACUGUUUGUGUUUAGUAAAAAUGGGUGGAUUUUCAAAUGGCAGAAUUGAUAUUUGGGGAUAUAUAUUUAACUUCCCAUGGUAAAAUAAAUGCCAUGAAUUUUAUAAUGUUUGUUAAGAAUAUUUUAUACUGAUGUAGAUUUAAAUUAUUAGAUGUUUAAAUAAAUAUACAUAUUUUUAUUCAAAUAAAUAUUGCAUUUUCCCAGUG